UCCGAACGGCACGCCAUCUUUAAACCCCAGAAGAAGGCACUGUUCUGCGCAUCUGCGCCGGGGAUAAAGAUUCACAGUCUGCGUUGUGCUCUGUUUUUGCUAGAUUUUAUACGUGUGGUCGGUUUAACGUACAAACGAUCUACUGUUUGUAGGAAACGAGAGAAUUACUAACACGGGGAAGUUCUAGUUUUGUUCACUGCCGUAUUGACAUCGAGAAUUUAUUGGCGAAAAACAACGGCCAAGGCGUUGUUAUUAGCCAGCUAGCAAGCUAGCUGCUAGCACUCUGUUGUUGCCAUUAAGAUUCAGGGAGCGUUGUUCAAAAGGCGUAUUAUCCCCUCUUUGUUGCCAUUUGUGCUGCUUGUUUCGGACUCGACUGCGUGGCUGCAGUAGGUCCCGACUUCUCCCCCCUCCCCUGCGGCCCAGCCGGAGAUGAGUGGAAGAUGUCCGUUUCGGGACUGAAGGCCGAGUUGAAGUUUCUGGAGUCCAUUUUUGACCCGAAUCAUGAACGUUUUCGAAUCAUUGACUGGAAGCCGGAUGAGCUGAGCUGCCAGUUCAACGUUACCGGAGAGAAGCUGCUAAUCAUUCACUGCAACAUCACGGAAUCGUACCCGUCGACACCUCCGAUAUGGUUUGUGGAUUCCGAUGACCCGAGCCUGACUCAGGUGCUGGAGCGGCUGGACGAUGUGCGAAAGGGCAGCACGCUGCUCCUGCAGCAGCUGAAGCGGCUGAUCUGUGACCUGUGCCGCCUCUACAACCUGCCGCAGCAUCCCGACGUGGAGAUGCUGGACCAGCCGCUGCCUGCUGGGCCCGUCAACCAGGAACGCAAGCAUGCCACCACAGAUGAGGUGACCUCAGAGGAAGAGGAGGAGGAAGAAAUGGGAGAGGACAUCGAGGACCUGGACCACUACGAGAUGAAGGAGGAGGAGCCGGUGGACGGGAAGAAGUCGGAGGACGACGGCAUCGAGAAGGAGAACCUGGCCAUCCUCGAGAAGAUCCGCAAGAACCAGAGGCAGGACCACCUGAAUGUAAGUGCUCAUUCGGGUGCGGUGUCUGGCUCGGUGCAGGCCUCAGAUAGACUGAUGAAGGAGCUCAGGGAGAUCUACAGGUCCCAGAGUUAUAAAACAGGGAUCUACUCAGUGGAGCUGGUCAACGACAGUCUGUACGAGUGGCACGUCAAGCUGAGAACGGUAGACCCCGACAGCCCCCUGCACAGCGACCUGCAGGUGCUGAAGGAGAAGGAGGGAAUGGACUACAUCCUGCUCAACUUCUCCUACAAAGACAAUUUCCCCUUCGAUCCUCCGUUUGUGCGGGUUGUCUCUCCUGUCCUGUCUGGAGGGUAUGUCCUUGGGGGAGGUGCCCUGUGCAUGGAGCUUCUAACCAAGCAGGGCUGGAGCAGUGCCUAUUCCAUUGAGUCUGUCAUCAUGCAGAUCAACGCCACUUUAGUCAAAGGAAAAGCCAGAGUGCAGUUCGGAGCCAAUAAAAACCAAUACAAUCUUGCCAGAGCACAGCAGUCAUACAAAUCCCUCGUGCAGAUCCAUGAAAAGAAUGGCUGGUACACACCCCCUAAGGAGGAUGGCUAGACGGUGGCGUUGCUGGCGUGAGACCUGGGGCUGGGCUGGGCCGGGUGUGUGUUCAUGUCGUUGUCCUUUCUCCCUUCUGAUUUUACUCUUAAUUAGUUUGCUGACUGGAGCUCUUCAGUGGGGUGACCCCGCCCCCCCCCCCCCUCCACCUCCGCCCACUCACCCCCCACCCCCCCCACCCCCCACCCCCCAGACUGACUUAACCUUUUUUGACCUUGGCAAGAGGACAGUAUCAACCACCCCCCCACCCCACCCCAACUGACAACCACAUCAUGUAACCUCACAAGAAGAACUCUCCCCUCGUUCUCUCUCUCUCUCUCUCUCUCUCUCUCUCUCUCUCUCUCUCUCUCUCUCUCUCUCUCUCUCUCUCUCUCUCUCUCUCUCUCACUUUUUUAUUUCCCUCCCUUUUGCGUCAGCAGCGUGGCUGCUGUGAUCCCAUUGGACAGAACAAGCUCCUUUUUGACUUCAACCAUGUUAGUAGUUGUGGACUGGACUUUCCAAGAGAGGAAAAAAGAAAACAAAAAGAAACAAAGAAAGAAAGAAGAAAGGAAAG